GGCCGAGCAGCAUGUCCGGAGGAGCGGGCGGCGAUGUCGACCGCGCGCUGAGCAGCAUCCGCGCGCGCGCCGACCACCUGCGCCACACGGUGGCGCGCCUGGAGCACAACUUGGCCUGGAACCCGGCUAGUACCUGGCCGGAGCUGCUGAGCCAGUACAUGGUCAUCUCCAAGCAGCUGGAGAACAUGAACGAGGAGAUCCCGGACCUGGUGCAGCACUUUGCGUGCGUGCCGAGGAUGUCGACGCCCAACCCGGCGGACAUCCCGCUGCUGCUGCGCACCCGAGAGGACCCGGAGAUGGAGGAGGAGGACAGGCAGCUCAUGGCCGACAAGCCCCGCGAGAAGAACACGGAGGCGCUGCAGAAGCUCGUGAUGGCGCACAACGACUCGGUCGAGAGCCUGGAGGAGACGUUCAACGAGAUGUCGGACGGCCUGCUCAAGGCCAUCCGCGUCAACAAGUACGUGGUCAAGUCCAAGCCGCAGAGCACGCAGAGCCAGCAGUUCAAGUACAUCGAGUCCGGCACGUACGAAUAGACGCAGAGGAGCUGAAGUUGAAGGUGGAGGUGGAGCCGAGCGGAGCUCUUGUGGACAGCGAGCCUUAAUGUUACUUAGUUAUAUUCUUUGGUACCGGCUCGGGUGUGGUGUAUCUUUUGGGUUGGAUUCACUCGUCGGAGCCUCGCACAGAGGAGCUGGUGGUGUCUAGGGUGUCGCGCUUGGUGCGCAGCGCAGCGAGAGCAUUGUCCGCGCUGAUGUACGACGGCAGCAUGGACUCGGUGUAUCGCAAUCGGUUCCAAGCAGGGAGGAACGGCAGGCCGAGGCAGUGCAUGUGCAUGUGCGGCACCGACGCAAACGGCGAACGAUGAAAACCAAAUCGGCAGUUUCCAGCGUCAAUAAAGCCAUCUUUCGCCAGUAUUUCCUUCCCCGUCAUCAGCAUGUGCUCAAGCAGAUCGUAGUGGGCCGGCGUGAGGUCAUCGACAGAGCGGAUGUGCUCGUGCGGUAUCACUAGCACGUGCUUCUUCGCGCGCGGGUUGUGGUCCAGCAUAGCGAUGACUCGCGCAUCCUCGUAGACGAUGUGGUUCCUGGCUCGGAGCGUCUCGCAGCAGAACGCACAAGCUCCGCGGACGCCUCUCAUAUGCGGGCGCUU